CACUUUGUUUUUUGAAGAGAAAAAGGGACUUACUUUCGCCUUUGCCACCUACUCAAUAUUUUUUUCUUUUAUUUACUGUCAUUUGCCUCUCUCCCCAUGGCCUCCAUAGCUCCUUCGAUGCCCUACCGCCGGCCAUCGCGACAGGGUUCUAGACAGGCAUCUAGAGAUAGCCGAGACGACAUUCACUUUCACAUAGAUCAUUACAUCGGUAUCGAUGUUGGGACCGGCAGUGCCCGGGCUUGUAUCAUCGACAGUAAAGGUGAUAUUGUUGGUUUGGCAUCGGAGAACAUUGGCCUUUGGCAGCCACAACAGGGAUACUAUGAGCAAUCUACAAAUGAUAUAUGGCGGUGUAUAUGUGUGGCUGUCCAACGCGCCAUUAGCCAACACAACAUCGAUCCAGAAACCGUACGAGGGAUUGGCUUUGAUGCAACAUGUUCGUUGUCGGUGUUCUCCAACGUUACCGACGAACCUAUAUCUGUCACGGGGCCCAAUUUUGAUUCGGACCGCAAUGUCAUCCUUUGGCUAGAUCAUCGCCCGAUAGAGGAGACGGAAAAGGUCAACAAUACCAAUCAUAACUUGCUUCGUUAUGUUGGUGGGAAAAUGUCUAUUGAAAUGGAGAUUCCCAAGGUCCUGUGGCUGAAAAAUCACAUGCCCAAAGAAUUGUUCGACCAGUGUAAGUUCUACGAUCUGGCGGAUGCACUAACCCAUAUCGCAACUGGCAACGAGAAGAGAAGCUUCUGUAGCGUUGUUUGCAAGCAAGGCUACGUCCCUGUCGGGGUGGACGGAAGUGUCAAAGGUUGGCAAGAAGAUUUCUUGGCCGAAAUAGGCCUUGGGGACCUCACUCAAGAGAACUUUAAGCGGAUGGGAGGUGUUGAUGGGGUGAACGGCGAUUACCUAAGUGCUGGAGAGCUAGCUGGAACCCUUUGCGAAAAGGCGGCCUCUGAACUGGGAUUACCUUCUGGUAUUGCUAUAGGAAGUGGAGUCAUCGACGCUUAUGCAGGUUGGGUUGGUACUGUUGGUGCCAAAGUCGACCUCGGAUCUGAGCAGCUAAGCUCAAAUGUCGCCAAGAACGAUAAGACGCAAGCCUUUUCUCGUCUAGCAGCUGUAGCCGGUACCUCGACCUGCCAUCUUGCAAUGUCCCCCAAUCCUGUAUUUGUCCCUGGUGUUUGGGGCCCUUAUCGAGACACUAUUCAACCGGGAUAUUGGAUGGCUGAAGGCGGGCAGUCCGCGACUGGAGAGCUCCUCAAAUACGUCAUUGAGACACACCCAGCCUUCAAUCAGGCGGUCUCGAUCGCUGAAUCGUACAAUGCCAAUAUAUACGAAUACUUAAACGAACACUUAAAGGAAAUGGCGCAUGAACAGCAAGCCCCAAGUGUGGCUUAUCUGGCACGCCACUUUUUCUUCUACGGUGAUCUAUGGGGUAACCGCUCUCCGAUUGCAGACUCCGAAAUGGCUGGCUCCGUGAUUGGCCUUUCAAGUAAUAAGUCUGUGGAUGGGCUCGCUAUCUAUUAUUAUGCCACGCUCGAGUUUAUCGCUUUGCAGACACGACACAUUAUCGAGACCAUGAACAAGGCUGGCCAUAGCCUCACUUCCAUCUUCAUGUCGGGAUCUCAGUGUCAGAAUGAGAUCUUGGUUGGCCUCAUCGCAUCCGCCUGCGGCAUGCCUGUCCUUAUUCCCCGGUACAUUCACGCUGCCGUCUGCCAUGGUGCAGCCAUGUUGGGUGCUAAGGCUGCCAGUGCAGAUGCUGACGGCAAAACAGAAGAUCUAUGGGAGAUAAUGGAUCGGAUGAGUAAGCCAGGGAAGAAGGUAGUCCCAACAGACAAUGCGACUGAGAAGGCUUUGCUUGAUGUUAAAUACAAAGUAUUCCUGGAGCAAUGUUACAAACAACAAGAGUAUCGGACUCUUGUUGACAACGCUGUGAGCUCAUGGAAGUCUACUUGAAUUUGAUUUUAUUCAGUUAUAUGACGACUUAUGUUGCCUUUAUUACCUCUCCUGGUGACUUUUCGGAAACGACUGCUUAAUCUAAUUUCUUCCAAACUGUACACAGGUCCUCCAAGUGGCUUACUGCAUUGCUAGAUUAAUGAACAUGAAUAGGGUAUGGUUAUAUGUACAAAUCAAGCGCGAAUGAAAUGAACCCUCGAGUCGCUUUGUAUAGGUACACGCCUCCUGGUCUAAUAAAGUAGUUUGACUAGAAUGGGUAUUUUGAUAUCUGAGUACUAAUUUCUGUGAACACAGCACAUCUAUAUUGAAAGUAAAUACUUUACAAAGGUCAAGCGCCACGUUUCAAUAAAAUGGAUACCUGCAGCCCUCAGAGCCCUGCGAAACAGCGCAUUUAUUCACCCGAAGGAUUUGCAAUCAAUAGGCCAUGCCACUCCUUGACCUACCGAGCGUUUUAAAUGUUUGGGAUGU